AUGUUGAUGGCUGCUGCUAGCAUAAGAUGUAGCCGAAGUGAGUCAACAGGUGAGCGCCGGGAAGAUGGGACCAAACAACAUAAGCACAAGCCGUGGAGUCAAGGUCAGCCGGGCAUCGGGCUGGAAGAAAAGGGGACUGAGACCGCGCUGUCCCCGGGCAAAGAGGUUGAUGCAGAUGCCUCCUCUUCAUCAAGUCGCAGCAUCAGACAAGCUCCCAAUCAGCGCAGGCACAGCACCACGAGGAGGCUCAUUGGGCCCAACGUGUGUGGAGGUCACCAGUGCUGCUCAGGCUGGGCCGUGGCUCCAGGAACCAAUCGCUGCAUUAAACCUGACUGUCAGCCCCCAUGCCAGAACCGUGGCUCCUGCAGCCGGCCUCAUACCUGCGUGUGCCGCUCAGGCUUCCAGGGGCCACGCUGUGAGGAGGCGGCCCCGGAGCAGGUGUACAUCCACGACGGAGGGAUCCUGAGGCGAGUGCAGCCCGGGACCAAUCCAUUCUACCGAGAGAAACCACAGAGACGGCUCAGUGAUAGUAGCAGGAGCCAGACCCCUCGGCCAACCACCACCAGGCAGCCUUCACACUCCACGACUCAGGUAAGAAGAGGACCCCCCGAGUCAUCCCCGCAGCAAACUGGGACAUCCCGCACAGUAAAGCGUUACCCAUCAUCCUCUGGGCCUAUUACUUCCAAUGCACUCCCCAACACCAAUGGUUACUCCAUCAACUGGAAUAGUCAUGGUCGAGUAUACAGGCCUCCUACUAAUGGCCCGAAGCAUGGACAACACAACAAUGCAGUGUUACCAGCUGGGGCCAACCUCACUUCCAACCUGGACCGCAUUAAAAUCAUCUUUACUCCCAUGCUCUGCCGGCGGGUCUGCAGCAGUGGACGCUGCUACAACAGCUGUGAGAAGGGAGACACAACCACUGUUUACAGUGAGACUCCACAACAGCAAGCGCAGCAGCCCAAGAACCAGGGCUUCAGACUCUUCUUCUGUCAGAUCCCUUGUCAAAACGGUGGCCGCUGUAUUGGUAGAGAUCACUGCUGGUGUCCGUCAAAUUCAACAGGAAAGUUCUGCCACCUCCCUCCUCCUCGACCCAGCCUCCCCAACACAAAGAACGGCAGCCAGCAUGGGCCCUCAUCCUCCAUGUACACUCUUCCCCUCUCCAACCAACAAGCAUCUCUCCAUCCUUCCAUAGUGAAUGUCCACAUCCAGCACCCUCCUGAGGCUGAAGUGCAGGUGCACCAGGUGGCCCGUGUCCAGCCUGGGCAUAGGCCCCCCAUUGCAGAAGGGGCUCACUCAGUGCAGCAGCGCUCACAACCUGGCAAGGCACACGACUCCUCCAUUGAUCACAUAGAUAGGCACCAUCACAGCCAUGACCACACCACCCACCAACCACAGCCUCGGCCUAGUCCCAGCGGAGUCGGGAGGUGCUUCCAGGAGACAGUGGAUGGACAGUGCAGUAAGCCCCUGCCAGGCCUUACAAAACAGGAUGAUUGCUGUGGAAGUGUGGGAGCCUCCUGGGGUCUCAACAAGUGCCAAAAGUGUCCAGCUAAACCAGCAUAUGCAGUGAUUGCCAACGGUCAAGUGGAAUGUUCCAAAGGUUAUAAAAGACUCAAUCUCACACACUGUCAUGACAUAAACGAAUGCAUGCUUCCUGGGAUCUGCAAGAACGCAGAUUGUCUCAACACCAAAGGGAGCUACAGGUGCACAUGUAAACCAGGAUUCAUGCUGGACCCGGCCCGGAGCCAUUGUAUCUCUGACAAGGCCGUGUCCGACCUGAAGGGCCUGUGCUAUAGGUCGCUGUCCUCGGCCACGUGUUCUCUGCCUCUGUCACAGCACAUCACAAAGCAGAUCUGCUGCUGCAGCCGAGUGGGAAAGGCUUGGGGACACGGCUGCGAGCGCUGUCCCCUGCCCGGAUCAGACCACUUCAAGGAGAUCUGUCCAGUGGGUCACGGAUACACGUACUCUCGCUCUGAUGUGCAGCUCUCUGUCCGGCAGCUCGACGAUGACCAGCUGCAGAAUACAGGGCUGUCCUGGGAGGAGGAAAGCCCCAAUCACCCCCAGAUCCCCUCCCUGCCUCGCCAUUACCCCAGUCACCCACACACUCCGCAGAGACCACAGCAUCCGGUGUACCCCCUGACACCACAGGCACCACGGCAGCCGGCCACGCCACACCUGCCCUACCCACCCUCUGUGGACAAGGGCACUCCCAAACAGACUGAGGAUGUGGAAACUCUGAUCCCGCCAGCUGUUGUGACCGACUCACCGCUAAAAUAUCCAGACUCAACAAUCAACAUCCAGAGGCCCGAUUCAAAGGACAGAAGUGACUCAGAUGUUGACAAGUGUGCCACCACCCCUAACAUCUGUGGUCAUGGGAAGUGUAUCUCUGUGCAAACUGGAUACACCUGUGACUGCAACCCAGGCUUUAAGCUCAGUGCUCUGCAGACCAACUGUAUUGAUGUGAAUGAAUGUGACGAAGACCCAUGUGAAGGAAAAGGCCGCUGCAUCAACAGCUUUGGCUCCUUCACCUGCCACUGCUACAGCGGCUACAGCCAGGUGAUCACCCAGAACAGGAAGUACUGUCAAGACAUUAAUGAGUGCAACGUGCCCAAUAAGUGUCAAAAUGGCAAAUGUGUGAACAGCGAAGGAUCUUACACCUGUGAAUGCAACACUGGAUAUGCCAGGUCCUGGAGAGGCCAUUGUGAAGAUGUGGACGAAUGCCGAGACCCCAGCUCCUGUCCUCAAGGUGUAUGUGUCAACACGCAGGGCUCCUUCCUGUGCCAGGGCUGCGGCCCGGGGCUCAGGCCGCUCCGUGACAGAUGUGUGGAUGUGAACGAGUGCUUGAACCUAACUGUCUGCAGUAAUGGAAGGUGUGUCAACACUGAGGGCUCCUAUAGGUGCAACUGUUUCCAAGGAUUCAAACUGUCAUCAGACAACACCUGCCAAGAUGUGGACGAGUGUGUGCGUCCAGGAGUGUGUCUCUAUGGACGCUGCUCCAAUCUCAAUGGAUCCUUCAAGUGCAGCUGUAACCAUGGCUACAAAGUCAAAUCUGACACUAAAGCCUGUGAAGACGUGAACGAGUGUGCAGCUGGUGACGUGUGCCCCGCAGGCCUCUGCCUCAACACAAUGGGCUCCUUCACUUGUCAACAGUGCAGACCUGGCUUUGGACCCUCUGUGGACGGACUCAGAUGUGAAGAUGUGGAUGAAUGUGCGCAGGGAGAUGUGUGUCAGGGAGGAAUCUGUGCAAACACAGAGGGCUCUUACACCUGCACCAGGUGUAAAGCUGGAUAUAGGAUUUCCUCAGACCGCAGGAGAUGUGAAGAUAUCGAUGAGUGCCAGUCACUGUCGACCUGUGCCAAUGGGAUCUGCCUGAACACGGAGGGCUCCUACACCUGCGAGAACUGCCCCUCAGGCUACACCGUCUCAUAUGAUGGAGAGCUGUGUGAAGAUAUUGAUGAGUGCAGACUUCCCCUCUCAUGCCCACAGGGAACAUGUACCAACACUGACGGCUCUUUCAUCUGUCUUGCCUGUCAGCCUGGAUUCAAAAUCUCCGAUGAUGGUGCACAGUGUGAUGAUGUAGAUGAAUGCCUGGAGGGUAAUGUGUGCCCAGGACAGGAGUGCCUCAAUAGUCCAGGAGGAUACUUUUGCAGAAGCUGUGGAGUCGGUCUACAGCUGUCCACUGACGGUCAAAUGUGUGAAGACAUCAACGAGUGCCUGACCCCCGGAGUUUGUCCCAUGGGCGUUUGCACCAACACAGAGGGCUCGUUCUCUUGUAUGACAUGUGACCCGGGCUACUCCGCUUCAGCCAAUGGAUUCUCCUGUGAAGAUGUGAACGAAUGUGACGAUCCUCAGACCUGCAGAGGCGGCCUUUGUACAAACACCGCUGGUUCUUUCAGCUGCUCCUGUCCCAGCGGCUUGGAGCUGGUGUACGGGACGCUAUGCCAAGAUAUCGACGAGUGCACACGGGCGGCUGGGCUGUGUGGAGAGGGACGCUGUGAGAACACGCCCGGCUCCUACAUCUGCCUCUGUCCUGAUGGAUAUACCACCAUGGAAGGCAGACGCGGCUGCCAGGAUGUGGACGAGUGCAGUAAGGACGUGUGUAUGCGGGGCCAGUGCGUCAACACCGAUGGGUCGUAUUUGUGUUUGUGCAAAGCAGGGUUCAAGUUCAACUCUGAGACGGCUGAUUGUGAUGAUCAGAACGAGUGCAUAGAGUUUGGAAGUUCCCCUUGUGGUACUUGGCGCUGUGAGAACACCAUCGGGUCGUACCGUUGCUUCCAAGGCUGUCAGCCUGGUGUCAACAGGGACGACGCCACAGACUGUGAUAUCGAUGAGUGCCUCAACAAAACCAUUUGUGGGAACAACGGCAUGUGCGAGAAUACUGACGGCUCGUUCCGCUGUCGGUGCGACCAGGGCUACACCAACGCUCCUGAAGACAUGAGCCGCUGUGUGGACGUGAACGAGUGUGAGAUGAGCGAGGCGUUGUGUGGGGAGGCCCUCUGUGAGAACCACGAUGGCAGCUUCCUGUGCUUCUGCCCCAGCGCCAAUGAGGAAUUUGAUCCCAUAACCAGCCAGUGCCGGCCCGUCGAUGAUAUAAUGGCCAAACCCCCCAUUCUUCUUACUCCUGUUUCCGACUCUGAAGAGAGGAAGGAGUGCUACUACAAUCUAAACGAUGCCAACUUCUGUGAAAACGUCUUGUCCCGAAAUGUGACCAAGCAGGAGUGCUGCUGCACCGUGGGAGCAGGCUGGGGGGACAACUGUGAGAUACACGCCUGCCCAGUCCCAGGGAGAGAGGACUACAACCAGCUGUGUCCUCAUGGCGGUGGACUGUUGUCUGUCCCAGCUUCCAGCAUACAAGCCUUGGGAGACCGGCGCUCUUAUAUAGAUGCCAACGAAUGUAAACUGUUUGGACCAGACAUCUGUAAAAACGGACAGUGCUCCAAUCUCUUUUCCACCUAUACCUGCUACUGCCGCUCGGGCUUCUACUACGAUAACAUCCGGCUCGAGUGUGUGGAUUAUGACGAGUGUGAGCUGGGUAAUGCGUGUAUGGACGGAGUAUGUGUCAACACUGCCGGGUCUUUCAAUUGUUUCUGUAGCCCUCCAUUAGUGCUCGACAACACGCGGCGCCGCUGUAUCGGCCUCAACACUACAGAAAUAGCGGAGCCUGAGCAUGACGUGCACAUGGAUAUCUGCUGGCAGCGCUUGGAAGAGGAUAGCGUGUGUUCGGAGCCUCUCAAAGGACAGAGGACCACAUACACAGAGUGCUGCUGCUUGUAUGGAGUGGCCUGGAGCUUACAGUGUGCCUUCUGCCCCAGGAAAGACUCCGAGGACUAUGCCAUAAUGUGCAACCUGGCGAGGAGAGGGGGCACGGACAGCCUGAGGGAGCGGCCGGGGUAUGAAUACGGAGUGGAGGGAGCGGACGAUGGGACAGAGCCCUUUGCACAGCCAUACUGGGACAACUACGGCACCCCAGCGGGCCCAUACCAAGUUCCUGAAGGAGUUCCUCUCUUCAACGACAACGACUACAGCGUGAGACAGCCUCCGGUCCGGGUACCAGUGCUGCGGCCCAGAGAGCAGCUGCCAAGACCGGUUGAGUUUGCUGAGCGGUAUGAAGGUUUCGAGGGACUGCGAGCCGAGGAAUGUGGCGUCUUAAACGGCUGUGAGAACGGUCGCUGUGUCCGCGUGAGAGAGGGCUACACCUGCGACUGCUUCGAUGGUUAUGAACUGGACUUGAACAAAAUGGCGUGCAUUGAUAUCAACGAGUGCGAGGACAUCAGCGACAAGGUUCCUCUGUGCCAGAACGGACUGUGUUCCAACACCGAGGGCUCCUACAAGUGCACCUGUCUGCCUGGGUUUGUGGCCUCGGACCAGCCUCACAAAUGCAUCCCUGCCCUCCGUCAGAGAACCAGCGGGACAGAAAAGAGGAAAGAGUCUGAUUCGGUCAGGCUACGACGCAAGCACUUGGACUACGAAGCCCAGAAUGCUCCUCGCGUCGCUGUCCUCUCCUGUCUUCUCCAUGGUCACACUCACGCUGCUGCCCUGUUGCUAAUGCAGCAUCAAAGCAACCCUCGUGGCUGGAGGAGGACCUGA